AUCUAGAUUUGACGUCUAGGAGAGGUUCACACACUGAAGUCUGCAGUGAUUAUAAGGCUGCUCUCAGUGCUGAACAACUCUCAUUGCUCAGUACUCAGUCCCGAUAUCAUUUACCUUUCCUUCAUGGACGCUUCACAGAUAAAAGAGAAGAUCGGCCGAUUUCGAAUCCUCAUCAUUGGAAGAGCAAAUGCAGGAAAAACCACCAUCCUUCAGAGAGUUUGUAACACGCGCAACGACCCAGACAUAUUUAACAGCGCUGGAGAAAAGAUCGAUGCCACUGUUUUAAAGGGAUCCAGAGAGCGUGGAGAACACGAUAUCGAGAAUGAAAUGGUGUUUCGAAGCAACCCAGGAUUCAUAUUCCAUGAUUCACGCGGUUUUGAAGCAGGCGGAGAAUCUGAGUAUGACAAGGUAAAAGCAUUUAUUGCAGGACGUUCGAAGAAAACGAGUAUAAAGGAUCAAAUUCAUACUAUAUGGUACUGCAUCCCGAUGGACGAGGUAAGUAGGGCUUUCACCCAAGGCGAAAUCAAGUUUUUCUCUGAGUGCGACACCGGAAGCAUUCCGGUGAUCGUAGUAUUUACCAAAUUCGAUGCCCUUUACGACGUCGAAUUCGCACGACUACUAAGGGAAGGAAGAUCGAGGAAAGAUGCUAAAGCACUGGCCCCGAAGCAUGCUGAGGAGGCAUUUACGAACGGGCCACAAUUGAGGAUUCUAUACCACUCCAAGGAUAUCCAACGGCCUCCGAAAUGUCAUGUAUGCCUCCCUGACAUGAACAAGGGUAAUGCCAAUUGUGGGCCACUCAUCGAACGCACGGCUGGAACUCUGGACAAUGGAGUCCUUCAGCAACUGUUCGUCUCAACUCAGCAUACCAACUUGGAACUCUGCAUGAAAUAUGCAGUAGAAAAAACACUUGCAAGAUUUAUUGCCUCUGAUGAGAAAAUCGCGUCUGAGGACGUAAUAGCGAUUUUGGGUUCCUGGUUUCCACAUAUUCUGGUAAGAUUGUAGGAAUGUUCGAAAGUUGCUCUCAUUUAUGUUGGGUGUUUGCUUGCAGGCGGUAUGCUGUGAGCGUGUUGACCUCCUUCGCACUUGAGCC